UCUAUUUUCUAAUAAUAGCGACAAAUCAGUAAUAAUUAGCAAAAGUUUUGUGGUAAAUAUAAUAAAGAUAAUGGUGGUUUUGUAUUCUCCUCUAGUGGAGGAGACUAUCUUUUCAGGAGUGUCAACAUCAUAACCUAAUAAAAAAUCUUCCAAAAAAUAAAAAAUAAAAAAACUUGACAAAAAAAUUCCAGACCAUAAUUAAAAAACGAAAGAAGAUAAAUAGAGAGUAAUUUUAUUCAUAAGCAGGGACAUGUAUUAUAAAUAGAGAGUAGUGGGUAGCCAAGGAAUGCAACAUUCCUAAAUUUCCCAUCUCGAUCAUUGCUAUACACUUAUAUUGAUUAUAUUUGAGAAAAUGAGGAGAAUGAUUGUUGAAGUGGGUUGGCUUAUGCUCUUGCUUGCCACCGCUGCAAAUGUGGUGAUGAGUUCACAGACCAAUCAACCUCUCUGCAUACCCAAAGAGAGACAAGCUCUCCUCACCUUUAAGCAAACUCUCAAUGAUACUUACGAUGAUCUCUCCUCCUGGACCAACAGAAGCGCCGACCAAAACUGCUGCAAUUGGCACAGAAUCACUUGUGACAACACCAAUCAUGUUAUUUCCAUUGAUAUUAAUGGGAUUGACACAAUUGGUGGUGACAUUGAUUCUUCCUUGGCUGAACUGCAACAUUUGAAAAACUUGGACCUCUAUCAGAUGAACAUUCGUCGGAUUCCCAAGUUUAUUAGCUCUUUGAAAGAGCUUACAAAUCUCGAUCUUGAAUUUAAUGAGAUUAACUCGGUUCCUGAUUUUAUUGGCUCUUUGAAAGAGCUUACAUAUCUCAGUCUUGCAGGAAAUCCUAUCACUGGAAUUAUUCCUCCACAACUUGGAAAUCUCACCAAAUUGCAAAGUCUUGAUCUUUCAAGCAUUUCUCAGAUGAGUAAUUAUGAAUGGAUCUCUCAUCUCACUUCUUUAAAGACCUUAUCACUGUCUGAAGUGAAUUUCACUGCAGCAGAGUUUCAAUCAUUCAAAGGGGCACCUUUCUUGUCAAGCUUAUCCAUAUCAAAUUGUCUGCUUCCCAAGGUAGAUAUUUCAUUUCUUUCCCAUACAAAUAAUUCCUUUCAUUUUCUCCAAUCUCUUGAGCUAUCUGACAAUUAUAUACAUCCUUUAGCAAUUACAUGGUUGUUAAAUUCUAGUGUUCACCUUACAGAUCUUUGGCUCAUAAAUAACAUCAUAGAUGGUUCCUUUCCAAAUUCCUUUGAACAAACAAAAUCACUUCAAUUUGUAGAUUUGUCUUCUAACAAUCUUGGUGGAACAUUACACGAUCUUUUAAAAAUUCUAUCAGGUUCCACCAAGAAUUCAUUAGAAAAUUUAUACUUGAGUUCUAACCAACUUGGAGGGUUGAUUCUUGAUGACUUUGAAAAUAUUUUUCUGUCUUUGAAAGAGUUAUAUCUUGAUAAUAAUCAGUUGGAAGGUCCUUUUCUUAGUGGUUUAAAAAGAUUUCCUAGUCUUGAAAUUUUGGUUUUGGACAAUAACAAGCUGACAGGACUAUUGCCUGAUCUUUCCUCAAUGCCAAAUUUGACAAGAUUCAGUGCAUUCAACAAUAGGUUCAAUGGUAUUUCAAGUGAAAGUAUUGGGAAGCUUGAUUAUCUUGGUACUUUAGAUAUUUCGUCAAACUCUCUUAUUGGCAUUAUCUCUGAAGUGAACCUACAGUAUCCCAAAUUGGAAACACUAGAUUUAUCGUAUAACCAAGAUGUGAGAUUGAAAUUCAACUCCAGUUGGGUCCCCUUAUUUCAACUCACUUCCAUAACAUUAAGCUCUUGCAUGUCAGGUCCAGAAUUCCCUAGUUGGCUCCAAACCCAAACAAAUAUCGAGCAUCUAGACAUUUCCAAUAAUUCUAUUUCUGGUCCUAUUCCUUCUUGGUUCACAAAUAUAACCUCCAACUUGGGAUACUUAAAUAUGUCCCUAAAUAAUCUUAGCAGCAGCUUGCCUAAUUUUCCACUAUCAUCAUAUAAGAGAGACACAGUAGUUGACUUAAGUUUCAACCAAUUCCAAGUUUCUAUCCCACCGUCUCUUUCCAUCAAUGCAACACGUUUGCUUCUCUCCAACAAUGCAUUUUCCGAGUUUAGGUCUUUUCUAUGUGAAGCCAAAGAGGAGAGCAAGAAAGCAAAAUUGAUUGACCUUUCCCAUAAUUAUUUAUCUGGAAACCUGCCUGAUUGUUGGGAGAGUUUUCAAGACUUGCUUAUUUUAAAUUUAGGAUAUAAUAUGUUGUCUGGCCAUAUCCCAAGCUCAAUUAAUAUGAAAAAUGUUGCUACUCUGCAAUUGAGGCAUAAUAACUUUUCUGGAACUUUGCCUUCCUCAUUGGAAGACAACACUUCACUUCAAGUUCUAGAUUUGACGAAUAAUACUUUGGAAGGGACAAUACCACCAUGGAUUGGAGAAAAACACACUUUGGUUUUUCUUAGUUUGAGAUCAAAUAAAUUUUAUGGAAAUAUACCAUUGAAUCUUUGUCGUCUUACUCAAAUCCAAAUAUUAGAUUUAUCUUUGAAUGAUUUAUCAGGAGCCAUCCCUUCUUGCAUCCAAAAUUUCACAGCAAUGAUUCAAAUAAUGGAUGAUCAAGAAGCCACCAUCUCCACAUUGAUUAAGAUACCUUCUAUUACUAGGCGUUAUGAAAGAAUUGUUAAAUAUUAUGAAAAUAUUGCCUCAAUCACUUGGAAAGGAAAAGAACACGAAUAUGAAGAGAUUUUGGGAUUACUAAGAAUUAUUGACUUAUCAAGUAACAAAUUGAAUGGAGAGAUUCCUAUUGAAGUGACUGAUCUCUCUCAAAUGGUUCAACUGAAUCUAUCAAGGAAUAAUUUGAGUGGAAGAAUUCCUAAAAAUAUUGGGAACAUGAUGAGGCUAGAAGUCCUUGAUUUGUCCCACAACAAAUUAUAUGGUCCAAUUCCCACAGGCUUGGCUAAAGUAUCUUCUUUGAGUUACUUGGAUCUGUCAGAUAAUCAAUUGUCAGGAAGAAUCCCUACUGGUACUCAAUUACAAACCUUUACUACUUCUAUAUAUUCCAUGAAUUCUGGACUCUGCGGACCUCCUCUAUCAAGUUCAUGCCCGGGAGAUGAGACAUUCCAUGAUCAUUCGCAUUCAACUUAUUAUGGCAAUGAAGGUGAUGAUGAAAAUGGUGGAGAAUGGUUUGACCUACUGUGGUUUUACAAAGGAACUGGAGCUGGAUUUGUUAUCGGAUUUUUUGGCAUUUGUGGAAAUUUGAUGAUCAAUACUUCUUGGAGACUUUCUUAUUUUAAGGUGAUGCAUAACAUAGGAGACUGGCUUUAUGUGAUGAUCAUCAUUAAAUGGGCUUUGUUGCGGAGAAAACUAUCCUUGCACUAAUUAUAACCAGAACACAAGUUUGAUGAAAUGGAAGCUUGGAGCUGGGAUUGAUAAUGUUGUAUUUCAAUGCCAUUCAGUUGUGGUGGUGGCCAAUAUCGUCGUCAUUUCUACAACUUAUCAAUUUCUCCAUGUUAUAUUUGAAGUUCCAGCUUUGGUUUUGUUUUAUUAGUUUCUGUUGAAUGUUGUUAUUGCUUGUUUUGUUGGGUCUUUAGUAUGUGUUUUUGUUGUGUUUUCGUUGGGCCCUGUUUUUGUUGGAAAACCUAUUGCAAUAAAUACAAACUUUUUUCUCUUUGUA